AUGGCCCAAGGUUUAGUGACCCACAGCCAUAGCUACAAAGCAGCGGCAGGCUGCUUUGUGGUUGUGUCGGGUGUUUUGGGUCUGCUGCUGUUGCCCAGCUUUCCAGCAUGCUGGCAGCUGGCCAAAGCAAUACACAGGACAGGUCUUCGCCGACUCAUCUACCACUUUCGAAAGGUGAAGAAGUUGAAAAGUUGCCGCUUCUGCGCCCGAGUCAUCCUCCCACAGGAAGCCUACAAGCUCUGCGGCUGUUGCGAGUUGCUCUGCUGCGUGAAAUGUAGUCAAGGAGAAGAGGCCUUCCGCCAUAAGCAUGUGCUACAUCAUGAAGUGCAGCCCUUGGUUGUUGACACCGAGCCACUAGCUGCGGCAAAGUCAGUUGGGCAGGCCUUGACAAUCUCCUUCGGUCUCUACUCAAGCCGGCCUUGUCUGGGUUGGCGUGCUGACAAUGCAACUUAUGCAUGGCAUUCAUACGGCGAAGUUGGACACAUGGCCGGCUGCUUCGCGACCGGCUUGCAGGGUUUGCUGCAAGGGUUGCGAAGUCAAGGCAAGCCCAUCGUGGGAAUACUGUCAGCAGUAAGCAUUCCAUGGUUCACGGUUGACUUUGCCUGCUCCUUGGCUGCCAUCCCGCUGGUGACUAUGCACCGAGCAACAGGAGAAGUCUCCCUGGCACACAUUCUUGACAAGACAGGUCUUUGCGUCCUUGUGGCGUCAAAGCACCUGCUCCCAGUGAUCUACCGAGCUUGUUCGGCAGCUUCUGCCUUGCGCUUGCGCGCUGUGAUUUGGAUCAACGAUGCCUCCGAGUCCUACUGCCUUCAGCACUCUGCUCGUCCGCUCUCGGACUGGCAGAGCACAACAAACACAUCAGCCUUGCAGCAGAAGUGUUUUGAAGAAAUCUUGCGGGAUGGAAGCGAUUCACCUCUGACCCAAGCAGCCUUCAGGGAGCCUAAUUGUGUGGCUAAGCUACUGCCGUCCAGUGGAAGCACUGGUGUCCCGAAACUGGCGGUAGUGACUGAAGAGGCGUUGUUGAAGAACACUGGACAGAGGUCAAUUGACAUUGUGGCCUACGCCUUUGAGGCCAUGCGUCAGAGCCACGACGUGCUAAUGCAGGGAGGCCGUAUCGGUGUCUUCUCCGGAUCACUGGAUCGAAUGUUGGAAGAUGCCAGAGCUUUGCGCCCAACGGUGUUUGCUGCAGCACCAACGUUCUGGAAUGGUUUAUGUGCUGACUUCGAGAAUGACGUGGCUCGGGAGCAGGAGGGCGAGAAGGUGAGCGAAGCUGAACGCUGCAUCUUGGGCAAUCGAAUCGACGCAUUGAUCUCAACCGGUGCGCCACUUCAGCACCGAGUGCAGCGGUUCAUGAUUCGUUUGUUCGGCAAGCUGGUAGUGGAUGGGUACGGAUGCACAGAGACGGGCAGGCUCGCGAGCAAUGGCUCGAUUGCACAAAAUGUGGAGAUGCGGCUGCAGGAUCUGCCUGAGAUGGGCUAUCUCACUUCAGAUUGUCCACCACGUGGUGAGAUCUUAGCAAGAUCGCCAUACAUGGCAGGAUACUUCAGCCUACAGCGAUUCUCAGAGCAAGGUACUAUCGGGCAAGUGGAAGCAGACUCCGAAGACUGGAUUUCACUGAAUGGCAUCAUGUACUUUCGAACCGGUGAUGUUGGCGAGCUCGUGGCUCCUGGCAACAUUCGUAUCAUCGACCGCUGCAAGCAUCAUUUCAAGCUCGCUCAGGGCAUUCAUGUCGCGCCAGAGCCCAUCGAAAGGGCUUUGCUCGAGAGCCAGUUGAUCUCGCAAAUCUUUGUGUGGGGCUGCAGCUUCAUGCAGGCCACAGGAGCAGUGGUCGUGCCUAGCCAGAAGCUGCUGCAGAAGCUUGGGCUGGGAGACAUGCAGAUCUCAUUUGCGUUGGAGUCGGCCCAGCAAGAUGCAUCACGCCUGGUUCUUGCAAGCCUGGCAGAUGUUGGACUCCCCAGACUCUUUGGCAGCUGCAGCCUCAGGCUGGAGACCCUUGCAGAUCUGGAGCGUCUUGUCCUGGCUGGGCCCCAGACAGCUCGUGCGAUUGUUUGCAAGAGUUCGCAAGUCAUGGAUUUCGAGAAGGAGGCACAGUCCAGAUGGGAAGACCUUGCACGCAGCGCUGCAGGAUUGUGUCAAACAGGCCAUCAGCCUGGGCGCGCUGUGUUGUUGACAGGCUCGACUGGGUUUCUGGGGGCCUUUGUCGCCUAUACACUUGCACAUGCUGGAUUCAAGGUGCUGUGCUUGGUACGUGCCACUUGCGCUGAACAGGCCACUGAAAGACUUCGUGCCUGUUUAGCAUUCUAUCAGCUUGCUGAGGAGCUUCCAAAUGCCUUAAUUGCUAUACCUACAGAAGGUGUCGAGAGUCCACAUUUGGGUAUUUCCAGAGGCCUGGAAGCUGUGGCAGGAAAGGUCGGCACAAUUGUGCAUUGUGCGGCACAGGUCUCAGGCGUCUUACCAUACAGCGCACUGUGUGAAGUCAACGUGGGUGGAACACAGCAGGCGAUUCUGACAGCCCUGCAAACUGGUGCGAAGCUGGUGCAUGUGUCCACGCUGGGGUUUGUUGAAGAUGGACACCCGGAAGUCAGCAAAGUGCCUACAACGCAUUUGCAUUGUCAUACAGGAUAUGCCCAGUCAAAGUGGGUGGCGGAACGGUUGGUAUGGAAAGCAAUAGAGUCAUUGGCCUUGCCAGCAAUUGUUCUGCGGCCUGGCACAGUUUGCGCAGCACGAUCAGGAGCCUGCAACAUCAAAGAUGCAGUCAGCAUGCUGCUGCUUGGACUUGUGCACUUGAGCUGCGCGAGUCUCGACGCGCGCUCACCAUUGCCAGCUGGGUUCAACUUGGUCCCUGUCGACUACGUUGCAGAAGCUUUGGAGCCUCGGCCAGAGGAGUCAGAGGACCCCAAGAGGAAUGCUGUCCACUGCAUUGAUUUGCGUUCACAAUUGUACUCUGAACUUGCCCUGGUGGAUGAGACGCAUCCCUUGUUUGCUCUGCGCAGCAGCCUAGGGCAAACUCGGGAUGCGUGCUCUGCUGCUCUCCCUGUCAUCAAAGCGCAGAAUGAGCGGGCGCUAAAGCUGAGGACACCACGCACCAUUACCAAGGGAAUCGUGCACAAGUCCAUCGACUUUCUGCAAAGGGAGAGGUUUGCCCUAAGCGUUCCAAAGUGGCCAAUGGCAAGUGGUCAAGACGGCAUCCAUGGUCAUGGCCAGAUUGAAUGGGCCAAGAUCCUGGGAGAAGAACUCAUGGUGGGCAGUCGAGCACAGGCAGCCCAAGUUGAGAAAGCAUCAGCCACAGGGGAAGCCAGUGUGCAGCCCACUGCCCACAAAAGUGACGGAGAUCAUCCGGGACCCAAGGAAGAGAAAUUGAGUUCUGUGCGAACCUCCCAUGCCAUCACUAGUGCUUUGAAAUUGCUGGUGUUGUACUUCUCCGCGCGAUGGUGUCCCAUUUGCGCGGAAUUUGACAUGAUCAUUCGAGACGUGUAUGCUGGCCUGAAGUCGUUGGAAGAAGCAUCAGACAUUGAAAUUGUUUUCAUUUCCUGUGACCUCUCCGAAGAUGCCUACAGGAUCCACCUGAGGCGAAUGGGAUCCCUGCUUGGGGCCACAUGGUCACCAAAGCGCUUGCAAGAAGUGUCAGACCGGUGGGAAGUCAAGGCAAUUCCAACAGCUCUUCUGCUGGAUGCGCGAGAUGGCCGCAUUGUCACAGCCACUGCCAGGAAAGACAUGGAGCAGGCGUACGAAAGUGUGAUGCUGAGCGGGUCGAAAGACACAAAGGACACGGAGAGCUACAGCAUCCUAAUGUUUCGCUGGCUUGAACUCCUUGACAUGCAACGUGCAGCUUUGGAUGAUGGGGUGGCUGUGAAAAUCGACGAGAGCUCUGACAGCGGGGCGUCUGGACGUUCUUCUCGCAACAGCCGCGGGAGCAAAGCUUCAUCACGGCGGUUCAGUAAAGGCUCGGCGCAACAAGUGCCGGCAGAAAGCAGCUGA